AUGGAGGCAACCCAAGAAGCAUCGAUCCUAGCAACGAUCCGAAGGUUACCGACGAAUUAUCGAGCCCAGGGUCGUCGGGAAGAAGCGGAAGAAGUGCAGAAUGCACUAGAGGAAGCGGGGAAACAGUCCUCCGUCGACUGUAUCACAGUCGUGGGACUGCUCCACGAUCUGGUCGUUAUUUAUCUCAAACGUGGCCGAUGGAAAGCGGCAGAAGACCUCGGGAAGAUCGUGGUGGAAAGCCGAACGAGUCUGUUUGGCGAGGAACAUCCUUCAACUGUCACCGCUAUGGGUAACUUGGCAUCCGCCCACUGGGGCCAGGGCCAUUGGAGUGACGCUGCGGCACUGAGUUCACGAGUGGUGGAGAUGAGGAAAAAGCUUCUCGGAGAGGAGCACCCACGGACCCUGACUUCAAUGACGAACUUGGCUUCAAUCUACAGUAGCCAAGGCCGAUGGGAGGCAGCGGAGGAGCUAGAGAUACAGGUCUUGGAGGCGAAGAGGAGGACACUCGGGGAGGAGAAUCCCUCGACCUUGAGCUCGAUGGGAAAUUUGGCCACCAUAUAUGGUAACCUGGGUCGAUACAGCGAAGCCGAAGAUCUCGGAAAGCAGGUGAUCAAGGUCAGUAGCGAGGUUCUGGGUGAGUCCCACGAGUCCACAAUCACGUGGAAGUCGAACUUGGCCUCAAUCUACCGCGAUCAAGGUCGACUGGACGACGCAGAAGCCCUGGAAUUGAAGGUUAUGGAAGCAAGGACCGCAAGCCAGGGACCGGAUCACCCGCUUACUUUGACAGCGAUGGCGAACCUCGCAUCGACCUAUCGAGAUCAAUGUCGAUGGGCUGACGCAGCAGGUCUCGAGAAGCAGGUAGUGGAGACGAGCAGGAGAACCCUUGGCAACGACCAUCCCCAAACCCUAAUGUCGUUGUGCAAUCUCUCCUUAACGUACCGUGGUCUAGGCUUGUUAACCGAUGCUGAGGAUCUUGGGAUGGAGGCCUGGACAACCAUGAAAGGGGUGCUUGGUGAACAGGACCCACUCACGCUCAUAGCUAUGUCUAACCUAGCAUUGACGUAUCACAGCCAGGGACGGUUGAACGACGCUGAGCAUCUGACGCUGGAAGCGCUGGAAAAGAUGCAGAAUACCCUUGGCUCUGACCAUCCUCAUACACUCUCAGCGAUGGCAAAUCUCGUAAGCAUAUAUGAGAGCCAAGGAAGAUGGGAGGCUGCGGAGCAGCUCAAUGAGCAAGUUGUCAGAAGGAGGAGGAGUACACUGGGUGACCAGCAUCCACAUACACGUGCUUCGAUGGAAGCUCUGCUGAGGAUCUACCAGGUCAAUGUUGCGGACGGGGUGACAUAA